CGGACGCGCAGCCAAGCGAAAAGAAAGCUGAAUGGAUGCUUUAAGCUGGGAAUAGCUAGCUGCUUCAGUCUGCCGUCGAACGUUGCGCGUGGAGCAAUUAAAUUUUGAAAUACGAGUCCAAGUUGACAGGUUCAACGACAUGCUGGUCUGCAUCAUUUUAGCCGGCUGGCUGCUGCUGGUUUGGAUAUACUUCCUAUGGAGCCGGCGAAGGUAUUAUAGAGCAGCCUGGCAGCUAAGAGGCCCCAUUGGCUGGCCCCUUAUUGGCAUGGGUUUGCAAAUGAUGAACCCGGAGACCUUUUUGCAGUACAUGGAUGGUCUGUCGCGACAGUUCAAGGCCCCCUUCAUUUCCUGGAUGGGCACCAAUUGUUUCCUCUACAUCAACGAUCCACACAGCGUGGAGCAGAUAUUUAACUCGACGCACUGCACCAAUAAGGGCGAUUUCUACCGCUUCAUGAGCUCGGCCAUAGGUGAUGGACUAUUCACAUCCAGUUCUCCGCGCUGGCACAAACAUCGUCGACUCAUAAAUCCCGCCUUUGGUCGCCAGAUUCUCAGUAACUUCCUGCCCAUCUUCAAUGCCGAGGCUCAGGUCCUGCUGCAAAAGCUGGAGCUGGAGGGUGUGCAGCAUGGCAAGCGGCUGGAGAUCUAUCAAAUCCUCAAGAAAAUCAUCCUGGAAGCAGCUUGCCAAACAACGAUGGGCAAGAAAAUGAAUUUCCAGCAUGACGGUUCUAUUGCCAUUUUUGAGGCUUAUAAUGGCUUAACCGAAGUCUGUGUGAAACGAAUGCUAUCGCCGUGGCUUUAUCCUGAGCUUAUUUACCGGGGCUCGCGACUUUUUGGCCUGCAGCAAAAGGUUGUCGGCAUACUCUUUGGGUUUAUAGAGCAGCUACUCGAACCAAUUGUCUCGGUGGUGGCUGCCAAUGCCAAUCCGGAGCAGCAGCCACCGGAGCUAGAGAGGAGGGGCAAGUCCAAGGCCAUUUUUAUCGAGCAGAUGCGGGAACAUGUGGAGCGUGGCCAGCUGAGUUGGCAGGAUGUGAGGGAUGAGGCCAAUGUGACCAUUGCAGCCACUUUUGAGACCACAUCGACUGCGCUGUACUUCACCAUUCUCUGCCUGGCCAUGCAUCCUGGCUACCAGGAGAAGCUCUAUGAGGAGCUGGCCAGAGAGCUGCCGCGCUCUGGCGAUAUAGCCUUGGAGCACCUUCAACGACUGGAGUACACGGAAAUGGUAAUCAAUGAGGCCAUGCGACUGUUUGCUCCUGUGCCCAUGGUCCUGCGAGCGGCGGAACAGGAUGUCCAAUUGCGGCGGGAUGACGGGGAGUUUCUUAUUCCCCGAGGCACCCAGAUCGGCAUUGACAUAUACAAUAUGCAGCGAGAUGAACGGGUUUGGGGACCACUUUCGCGUACCUUCAAUCCGGAGGCGCAUUUCGGUCUGGAUUCGCCGCAAAGACACGCCUUCGCCUUUGUGCCAUUCACCAAGGGAUUGCGUAUGUGCAUCGGCUACCGAUAUGCCCAGAUGCUGAUGAAACUGCUGCUGGCCAGGAUCUUUCGCAGCUAUCAAAUCAGCACUGAGGCACGGCUGGAGGAGCUCCGGGUCAAGGGCAAUAUCUCCCUGAAGCUACGGGACUAUCCGCUGUGUCAAGUGGAGCGAAGAUAACAGGAAAUGUUUUGCCCCCAAUUUGUUGCUGUAAUUUUUUAAUUAAAAAUGUAAUUUUUGUUGCA